GGUUAUGUGGAUCCCGAUUUGUCGAUGGUUACAAGAAAGCUCGAGAAUUCAUCGAUAUCGCAACAUUGUAAACCGUAUCAACUGAGACAAAAAUCGCCGGCUUUGUUUUCGCCGUCACAAUGAUUUCUUCUAAGAAAGUCCUCCACUCUUUUCAAAACCAUUCUUCCCUUGGGCGUUUCCUUUACAAAUCAGUUUCCACUAUUCCCUGUUUUUUGCUGGGAACAGUUGUUUGGGCAUUUUGGAGAGCAAAUGGGUGAGAUUGAUACCAAACCUAUUGAACCUGUUCAAGUUGCAAUAUCUUUAUUUGGCCAUAAAAGUAGCCACUUGAGAUACCGAUCGAGCGGCAGCCAUUCAGAUGUGGAAAAAGAGAAAGGGGUUGAAGGCAUAGAAAAGGACUCUGCGUACAUGGAGGUUCUUCGUCAACUGGAACACUACAAGAAAACAACACAGCAACUUUCUGUACUACUAAAGAACUCCGAGAUUGAGAGGGACAGAUAUAUACAGGAACGCAAUGAAGUCAAGGAUCGGAUCGACGAACUCGAAUCGAAGAUGAAAGGGAUGGUAGAUCAGUUGUCCGAAUCGGUGAAGAUCCGCGAGCAGCUUUCGUGUGUUUUAAUGGAGCUGAAGAUUACACAAGCUGAUAUAGUUAAUAUGGAAUCUCAACUUGCUGCUGCAAAAGACUUAGAGCUCAAGGCAAUUACACAAGCAGAAAUGAUGGAAACCUCUGCUAAAAUGGAGAAGGAAAGGUCUCAAGAGCUUUUAGGCCGCAUUGCGGAGGUUCACGAUGCGACUCAUAUUUCGAAGCUUGCUGCUACGAAAGCUGAAGAUGAGAAGUGCAGGAUUGUAUGUGAGAAAGAUGCUGAAAUGGAGGCAUUCAAGGCAACGGUAUUUCAAGCACAAGAAGAGAUGGAAGAUCUGAGAAAACAGUUGGGAACGAUACAAGAACUCGAGAAUCAGCUCGUAGCGAAGAGCGCGUAUAUCGGUUCAUUGCAGGCAAAAUUGGAGCAGGUAACUAAUGUGCUUGGUUCAACGGAGAAUGGAAUUGAUCUGAACCAAAUAUCGCAUGACUUGGAGUUCAAGAAAAGAAAGAUAUCGGAUCAAGCGUUUUACAUCGCAGAGUUGGAAACGGAACUUAAACGAUUAGAACUUGAACUUGAAAAUGCUAAGCAAGAGGCAAAGAACCUGAACUGUAAUGUUGAAGCUCUAAAAAGUGAUUUAGAGAAGCUACAGAUUGAGACGGAUGAAGUUAGGAGAAGAGAAAAGGAUGAUCAAGUUGAAAUUUCACACAUUGAAGAGCAAAGAGAUAAGUGUGUUGAUCACAUAACGAUUUCAAUCGAAGAGUACAACUCUUUGAUUCGAAAAGCUAAGAAGUCAGAUGAAACUUCAAGGUCUACGGCAGAUGAUUUCAAUAAGUUAACCACAGAGUCGGCAAGCAUGAAUGAAGUUGAGGCUUUGAAGAAGGAACUGAAAGUUGCAAUGACGAAAAUCGGGUUGUUCUGGAACCGGGCAGAGCAAGCGGCUACAAGGGCGGAGGCAGCGGAGAAAGCCAGAGCAACAGCAGAGGAUCAGCUGAGGAAGUGGCAAGAACAGAAGCAAAGAAGAAAAGCUGCUUUAACUGCCUUAAGGGAGGAGUCUGCAUCCAAACAAUUCAGUCCUUCCACCAUUGAAAAGUUACCUACAAACCAUCAGCCAUUGGGUCAAGUUCUUAACCUUAAAUUCUAGUCUAUGAAUUUUUUAC